CAAUUUUGGUGUAAGGAUAAAAAAAAGUAACAUCUAGGUGUCUAAAUAAUGCCAAUUUGACAAGUAACCUAAUUUCCAAAACGUUAUUUGCAAUGUUUUUCAUAUAUACAUAUUUUUUUUUAAUUAUUAGUUAAUUAACAAAAUUAUGAUGGCUUUCAGACCGUUUUCCAUAAUGAACGAAAGGAGGGGUACAAAGGGCUUGGAGCUGUGGUGCCGCAAGAUGACAGAGGGGUAUCCGGGAGUAAAAAUCGACAACAUGACUACAUCUUGGAGGGAUGGAUUAGCAUUCUGUGCCAUUAUACACCAUUUCAGACCUGAUCUCAUAGAUUUUUCGAAACUAAACAAAGACGACGUUUAUCACAACAACGAACUGGCCUUCAGGGUUGCAGAGCAAUAUUUGGGUAUCCCCGCGCUUCUAGAACCAGAAGACAUGGUAGAAUAUACUGUACCAGAUCGUCUCUCUAUUCUUACAUACUUGUCACAAUUCUACCAGGCGUUUGCCGUCAGAGAAGGUGCUUCCCCGGCUAGAAUCGCGCCAAAAAGACCACAGUCUUCCGCUGAUCACGGUAUUGUUUCACCAGCUUCUACAAGUCCACCUACAAAGGUGGCCUACACGGGUGCGAAAAAUCUCCGCAGAGAACCCUGCACCAAGUGUGGCCUACCAGUAUUCAUAGCGGAACGCCUCAACGUUGGAAAAUCCCUAUUUCACAGGACCUGCUUCCGCUGCGCGCGUUGCAGCAGUCAACUCACCCUUGGCAACUACUACGAAACGGAAAAUAACGAGUUCUGUUGCGAAAUAUGUCCCGACGAAGAAAAGGUAAUGUCCAAAACGUCGGUGCAGAACGCCGUGCUGCAGCGCAGCAUGAGCGACGAAGAGAAGACGGCGAGUUUGAAGAUAGUCAGCAACGAGCCUGACGAAUUCAGCGCGAUGUUCGAGACGGCGCUGGAGAACGCCGACAUCGAAAAAGUACAAACUUUAAAUAGAGAAUUCGAUUCGGCUAGGAUAAACUUCUUCCAGAGUCAAAUACUGGAAUCCGGUGACUCUGGCAAUGAAGAAUCGUCAGGCAAAGAAGAAAAACCUCCAGACUUACCUUUAACCAUACCGCCAGUGAGCAGUUCCCAGUACGAUAGUGGUUUUCCAAGCAAAGACUUUAGUGUUAAAAGUAGUGUUAGUGACAAUGUAGAAUCUCAGAAUGUCGUUACCAAAGAGUCUGUAGUAAAAGCUCGAAUGCGUUUAUUCGAAAAUGAUAUAAAGGCUGAUGUAAAUAGCGAACAAGUGCCUCUGUCGCCUAAAGCAUCCAUUCCAGUUAGUAUUAAAAAUGUAGAUAAUAGUUUAAGUGAAGUUAAAAAUGAUACUAAGCACAGACGACUUCAAGAGUCCCACGUUAUUAGUGACAAAGAUAUUCAUCCUAAGAAGCAAUUCACCAGCUCAAUAUCCUUCAAUUUAAGUAAAAAUGAUACUGAUGUGAUAACUCAUUCCCAAGAAGAUACUGAUGUAGAAGCCAAACCUCAAACUAUCAACAUAUCAGACUCUUCGUCAUCACCGAACAAUUCGGUAGAAGUUAUAUCUAUUGAAGACUCUUUAGAAAGUAGUACCUCCAAAAUAGAUGAAGCAUUAGAAAUUAUUAACUCUACUAUAAUAUCUUUAGAAGAUUCCUCAGAGCCUAGCGGUUUAUCUAAAUUUGAUUUACCAGAAACACCAGAGUCUCCAAAACAACAUAUUUCAAUUCAGAGUUCUUCAGAACAAAACGAAACCAGAAAUGAUUCGUUUAAUGAUUUUUCUUACAUUGACGAUGUGGAAAUAGUAAAAAACAAUACAGAAGAAAUACCUCAAAGACUAGAAGAUUCAUCUUCAUCGGAAGCAAAUAAAUUUUCGUUUGUGGAAAAUGAACUUGAAGUAAUCGAUGAAAAUAAAGAAACCCUUGAAACUGUCAAUUACAAUGUUAAAGUAGCUGUUGACAACGAUCCGAAGAUUGAAGAAAAAGUUGAAUCAGUCAAUUAUAACGUCAAAUUAAUAGAAAAAGAAGAUAAAAUCAUCGAAACUGUUAAUUACAGUGUUAAAGUAUCACAGACCGAACCAGUUGAAGCUGUAAAUACUUUUGUUCAAAGCGAUACUGUAACUGUACCCGAAAAAGCUAAAGAAAGUGUCGAAAAACCUUCUUCGAAAGUAACACAUAAACCGAUUCUAGAAAAAAAAGAAAGCUACCCGGAUGAUUUAAAUCCCUUUGACGAUGAAGAUGAUAACAAAGAUGAAGCUUCGCUGAAUCCGUUCGGUAGCGAUGAUGAAGAUGAGGAGAAAAGUUUAAAAGUUUAUCUAAGGAAACCAAUACCAAGUCCUAGGUUUAAAAAGAAGAUUUCUGUUUCGGGGACGACCAAUAGUCCAAUGAAAGAUGCUUCGUUUCAAAGAGUCAGCGUAAAUCCGUUCGAAAGUGACAACGACGAUGAUGAUGACGAGGAUAAACCUCCUGUUCCUGCUACCAGAAGGAAGAAGAUUAGCGUUCCUAAAUUUAGUAUGAACCCGUGGACCGAUGAUGAGGAUGAUGAUAAAAGUGAAGAAGUUGCUAAAAAGCCAGUCCCGUUACCCAGAGAUGCUAGGACUUCGAGCCGUCUGUCGGAAAUCAAGUCCAGCCAACCGAAUAGUUUGUCGAUAUCUCAUCAUUUCGGUGGAUCCAAUUCGUCGAUAUCCAGUGGCAGUUACUACGGCAGUGCCAGGAAGAAAAGACCAGCUCCUAAACCGCCGAUACCUGCAUUUUUGGACGGGUCGAAUAACAGUUCUGUAACAUCUACUCCUAGUCAUAGUGUGCCACAUUCACCAAAAACCACUCCUAAAUACAGAAAAGAUAGGAAAGCACCUCCGCCGCCACCGAAAUUCACUUCUACGCCCAAUCCUUCCGACAAAAAUGAAGAAAAAGCCUCCACCGAUGACUUACACAAGGAGAAAACAGUCAAAGAUGAGGUCAACAGGAAUUUACAAAUUAAUGAAGAUCCUGGCAAAUUGUCAGUUUUCAACAAGAGCACAUUCGGGAAGUGGAAAAGAAAGAAGGGACUAGCACCUUCGAAACCCGUUCCUCAGCGACGUACGCUCAAGUGUUUGCCCAUGGCGGAAAUUAAGAAAGAACUGGAAUUCAUCGAAAUUCAACAGCAGGGUUUGGAAAAGCAGGGAGUUCGAUUGGAGCAGAUAAUUAGAGAAAAAUGUGAGGGUACAACGGACAACGGUUCUGCAAAUCAAGAAGACGACAUUCCUAUUGAAGUAGACGAUCUAAUUCUUCAGCUCUUCGAACUUGUUAACGAGAAAAAUGAGCUCUUUAGGAAACAGACUGAAUUAAUGUACCUACGGCGGCAACAAAGACUUGAAGAAGAACAUGCCGACAUUGAAUAUCAAAUUAGAUGCCUUAUGAUGCAACCCGAAGCUAAUAAAACAGAUUCCGAUAAAGCACGGGAAGAGGAACUGAUACAAAGGUUGGUGGAGAUAGUAGAAAGGCGAAAUGAAAUAGUGGAAUGUCUAGAAAAAGAUAGGGUACGUGAAGCGGAAGAAGAUGACAGCAUCAGUAAUCACAUCAAUCUCUUCACUUUGAGUAGAGACAACCUCGCCGAUAAAGAGUUACCUACUAAAAAUGAAAAAUCGAAGAAAGAGAAGAAGAAGGAAAAGAGCAAGGGCAAGGAAAAGAAAAAGUCCAAACACAAAUCUAAGGAAAAAGUAGACGUCGAUAAAGAUGUAGACGAAACGGAGACUAGCAUGAACACUAUGGAGAAGAAGAAAAAGAAGAAAUUUAAUUUAUUUUAAGCUACUUAAAAAAAAUUAUCUUUUAUUUUAACAUCACGAUCGAUUUUGAUUUAUUUUGGCCUAAUUAUUCACUUUUUUUAAAGGUAAAAUAAUUUCGCUGUGAAUUG